ACAAACAAGUCGCAGAUAAGAGGAACACGGACAACCCUCCAGUGGGUAGUGUCGGCUGGAGCUUUGUCGACGUGAUUCUGUUUCCACGGGGCUUUUCAAGGAGCAACUUCCCACUCUGACUGGAUAAACUUUGCGCAGUGUGUGGACGUGUUUUUUUUAAACUUUAGAGAAAUUGACGCUGAUGGGACAUAGAGAUGGCUUCUCCAUCAACAUCAACAGCGGGACAAGCAACAGAAUCGAGAGCAGAGGGCUCACGUCUGGGGGGCAUCGAGGCCUUGAAGUUGAAGGUGGGGCCUGUGCGGAGGAACCUCUUCGGGCCUGUGGACCACCAGCAGCUGCAGAUGGACUUCGAGAGGCUACUUUGCAUGAGUGCUGAGAUGGCCAACAAGCGCUGGAACUUUGACUUCCAGAGGGAAAUGCCAGGAGAGGGCUCCAACGUUGAGUGGGAGGAGCUAGGGUGCCAGGAUGUGCCGUCGUUUUACCGCAGCUGCACGGUUAAACCAGUGAGGAAUCCAUUCAGCACAAGGCGGACGGCAUCUUCAUCACGUGAGGGAUCCUCAGGGUCCAGCAGCUCGUCAGGGUCUGGAGACGAGUACCUGGAGGUGACCACCAGGGGGUGCUAUCGGAUCAAAGUGCAAGGCAAACGCAAACAGUCCUCUAUCACAGAUUUCUUCAAGAUCAAGAAGAGGAAGCUCAUGCGUCACAAACAACCUACUCGGCAGUAGAGAAGUACAACCAACAGAAGAUCAGCACGUCUACAUGUCACCUCACAUCGAUAUGUGUCAUAUUGAAUGUACAUAUGUAGCAUUUUGUAAAAGACUGUCCAAAAGCUCGUGCAGCACGGGCUUAAAAACUCUUCUGACAUCACAUACCUUUGUAUUCAGCACAAGGAAGCUAACAUAGUCUUAGCGAAUCAUGCUCAAACGGUUUUUUUAUAUACAUUCUUUAAAUACUGUAUUCUUUUUUUUUUUUUCAUCUUUGUACUGUGAAAUAAUUUUGAAUGCACUCUUAAUAACAGAAACGGGCUCUAGUUUUAAGAGGUUAAUUUUCUUCUGAACGGGCCUCGGAUAGUAUUUGACCUCAGGCCUUUUUUUUUCUCCUUCUCGCUAAAAGUCAUGAGAAGAUUUUGAUUAGCCGAGUUACUAUUCUUGACCUCACAAAACACUUAACCUUUGGUCUCACACAUCGGCGAUGAAAGCACGAUUCUAUUCAGGGGUCAAAAGCUCACCCAGGGCUCAACAUUUGGCAGCGUGACUGUGAUUAGCUCGAGGUUAGAGGUCAACGGUGGAGGUUAAACGAUGAGGUAAUGCGGUCGUGCCUAUUUGAUAGUGACUAAAAUUCUUAGCUUAUAAUAACAGUGUUUCUUAUUUUACUAUUUAUUUAAUAAUCAUGAUGUUAAAUCAUCAUCCAAAAAAGACAAGCAAUGCUGAAAACGAGGUUAGAUAAGGUGUUUGUGGAAAUCUGUGCCUUUGCCCCUAAACAAUGCGUUAGACUUUAAGUCUUUACGGCUCAUAUACACUCCACCGUUGCUGCUUAAAUAAUAAUGACCAUAAAUAUUUACACCAUCGGAAAAUAGAAAACUACACACAGACUUUAUUCCUUUUUUUGCUUUGUAUUAUUUGCAUAAUGGGGUUUUGAAAAUCUUUUUUUUUUUUUUUUUUUUUUGGGCCAUAGACCAGAACAUACCUUAUUUAGCUGUAUGUUUUUGUCAGCUUCAUGCUUGUAACAAUGUGGCAUUUUCAUUUCAUUUUCAUUACUUUUUUUUAUUUUUAUAUCCACAUUAUGUUCUCUUAUCCUCAAUGAAGGGAAUCUAGUGUUUUAUCACUCUGCUGCAGCUCAGAGAAAUCCAGACUGUUGGUUCCACUUUCUUUGACACGUUUUUGUUUAUCUGAAGAGUGGAGCUGCUGCACACUUUCCUGUCGCUGCGCAGUCCUCGACACGUUCUCAUUGUGUACAUACGUUUGGAAGAGUUUUAAGUAUGAAUGUGUUGAUUUUGUUUAUCUCGAGGUUUAUCGCCUGUUGUGAGAGUUGUGGCAGUUGAACCAAAGAGUAACUGCUUUGCUAUUCAACUAGAAACACAUUAUUAAUACAAGUUGCUCAUUGUAUGAGUGGAAAAGAUCUGAAGCAUGUUCAGAUUUUCAAAACAUAACUGCUAAAUCAUUCUUCUUUUUAUAUGGAUUAAAGCCAUAGUCUUAAUUAAUCCAUUCUUACUACCUCAUCAUGUACAACAACUGAAAUACAGGGAAACAACGCAGAUACGACUGCUUGUGUCUACAGGCGAAAAGAGAGACUGAAACAAAGGAGGGACUUGUGAUUAUGUUGUGGUAAAAGCUACACCAUGCGUCAAAUUUCACAUCAGGUAAAAUAUGGGCUGUGAGGGGGCUUUUUGUUGUUUGUCCCGCACUCUUCCUUCUCCGCCUCACUUUGCUUUCCCAGAAAAAGGGCAGAGCAGAGGUAUUAAGUCGGGAGGGGGAGGAUGAGGAAAAGGGACAAACUUUUAUUAGCCAACAUUGAAGAGAAAAUGUCUCUGACCCCUUCUGGAUCAAAAGGAUUUCUCCGGACAGACAAGUGGCCUGCAUCUCAGACUGGCUUUUGUCUGCCCCCUUUAAAAGUCUCCCAGCCUCUCCUUGGGGAACAAAACCUCCUCAGUCUGAGCGAAAAAUCUGCAUGAAAGCUGUUGCUCAUAAUCACUCAAUGUGUGUUUCACAGCUCUAAAAAUAGCUCACGUGCUUAAAAUUGUCUAAAUGUUUGUCACCUUAUAUAUGUUUGUGUGUCUAUCUUUUCAUCCUGUUCAGAGGAAACUUUCAAAGUCUUUAUUAACUUAUUGAGUUUAUAUCAUUCAUUUGUUCUGUAGGAAAAUAAUUUGAAAUUCCCCCGUUUGUUCUGCAAUAACUAACGAAUUGUGUUAUUCCCAAAACUAUGUCUUUAUACUUCUUUAAACAAAGUGGACAAGAGAUCUAUUUUUGGAUGGUAAUAAAAAAACACACAUUUCAACAAAAAGCUGAGACACACGUUGAAUUUCUUGACUUUUAGAUUUGAGCCCCUUUUUUUUUCUCCUCCAAUCAGACUCAUCAAACUGUGAGACAGUUUCUAAAUCCUCUUUAUUUCGUCCUUUGAUUUUUUUUUUUUAGUCUUCCAUGAAGAGGAAAUAAAACCAAACUAAAGGAAAAGGAAUACAUGUCAAGAUGAUCUCGUUUGUGUCUCGCUGUGCCCAAGCAAACUCGGCUCCCUAAUCCAGCAGUCGCUGCUUUAUCAAAGUGUAGCGAUUGUUUAUUUUUUAUUUGACCUGGUAUUUGCAAGGGGGAAUUGUGAUCUGUUAUAAUUUUGUUUUAAUUUAAAGCUGGUUUGUGUAUCCUGGCUACAUGUAAGAAGUGUAUUUCUUAUUGGAUCAGAAUCAUACACUAUUCUUUUUGAUAUUUGUACGACAAAUGUUAUACUGCUGGGUUGUUGGUGCACUGUUACCUUUCAUGUUGUUGAUUUCAUAGUGUGCUCAGAAUAAAACAAUGUUCGUAAGACUGAUAUAAACCACAA